AUGCAGAACAAAACAUCAAGACUACAUGAGACUGCUCUAUCUGUAGGUUUAAAGAUAAAUGCACAAAAGACAAAGAUAAUUAGCCUGAAUUACAAAACUAGUAAACAACCAAUAACACUUAAAGGAGACAACAUAGAAGAAGUGGAAAAUUUUACUUAUCUAGGUACUAAUAUCAGCCAGGACAACGGCACUAGCAAAAAUAUCAUGGCAAGAAUCAACAAAGCCAGAACUUCUUUCUGCAGAUUACGAACAGUAUGGAAAACAACAUCAAUAUCCAGGUCCACAAAAAUCAAAAUCUAUAAUAGCAAUGUAAAAUCAGUUUUGCUAUAUGGUGCAGAGUCAUGGAGGGUUAUAAAACCUGACUUCAGCAAACUGUCAUCUUUUCACAAUACAUGUCUUCGAAAAAUUUGCAAGUUCUUCUGGCCAAAAACCAUCAGUAAUAAAGAACUAUACACCCUAACCUUACAACGAGACAUCAGAACAGAAAUUAAAGAAAGACGAUGGAAAUGGAUAGGCCAUGUUCUACGAAAAGACAAACAUGACAUCACAAGGAUAGCUCUUCGUUGGACACCAGCAGAGGGGAAAAGAAAGAGAGGGAGACCAAAAGAAACAUGA